UUGCCACCUGGACGGACUACAGUUCCCACCGCUCAGCAGGCAGAAGGAAGGGGCACCGAGGCUGCACGGGAAAGCAGGAGCCAAAGCAAACCUUACCUGCUUGGGAGGGAGAGACAGGUGAAGCGCAGGUGCACAGGGCAGGUCCAUUCUAGGUGGCCCAGCCAUGCAGCUCCCCAGCGCUGCCAGAGCUGCCGAUGAGGAUGUGGACUACCUGUUCAAGGUCAUCCUCAUCGGAGAUUCUAACGUGGGGAAGACAUGCGUGGUGCAGCACUUCCGGUCCGGGGUCUACACCGAGACACAGCAGAACACUAUUGGGGUGGAUUUCACCGUGCGCUCCCUCAACAUCGAUGGCAAGAGAGUGAAGAUGCAGGUGUGGGACACGGCGGGCCAGGAGCGAUUCCGAACCAUCACCCAGAGCUACUACCGCAGUGCGCAUGCGGCCAUCAUCGCCUACGACCUCACGCGGCGGUCCACCUUCGAGUCCGUCCCACACUGGAUUCAUGAAAUAGAGAAAUACGGAGCAGCAAACCUGGUCAUCACGCUCAUCGGAAACAAGUCGGACCUGUGGCAGAAGCGGCACGUGUUGUUUGAGGACGCCUGCACACUGGCCGAGCAGCACGGGCUCCUCGCCGUCCUGGAGACGUCUGCCAAGGAGUCCAGGAACAUUGACGAGGUCUUCGUGCUGAUGGCCAAGGAGCUGAUAGCCCGCAACAGCCUGCAGCUGGACAGCGAGGGCGCCAUGCACAGCCUUGCCCUGGAGUCCAGCCCAGUGUUCCUGGCCCAGGUCCCCAGUGAGAAGCCCCGCUGCACCUGCUGAGCAGGUGGCAAGGCCCACAGGGACCCUGAGAUUCCAGCCUCCCAAGGGCAGCACUGCUGGUCAAGUGAAGCCUCACCUCUCCUUCCUAAGGCUCCCUCUUGGGUAGGCUGUCCCGGGGCCUGGAUUCCCACCAGAUGCCAAGGAAUAGGGACACCAAGUUUCCUCAAUACCUAGUGAACUAGGGCAGCAGGCACAGGAGAAAAGGGUGUGGUUUGUCCCAUGCCUUUCCUUUCUUUGUCUUCCCCACACUCCAGCUGUUUUUUGUUUUUUGAGACAGGGUCUCACU